AAACCUGUCAGAUUUGUGGGAAGCCGUUGAGAAGUCCCCUGUUAUUCGCUACACAUUCUCUGGUAACAUGUCAGAUCCGCUGGAUUUAGACUCCAUCCUCCCCAAUCUGAUUCCUUUGUGGGAAGAGGCUGAGAAAGUCUUAAAUCAUACGGCACAAGGCGCGUGGACAUCUAAAACUACGAAGAUGCCAAUGAGGGCGCAGACCGUAUCCUCGAAAGGAGGGGAGGUGCUUUUGACGGAACAUCCCACGAGGGCGAAGACUGCGAAUUUGAAAAGUCCACCUGUGCACGCUCCCUCGUGGCUGCAGAACGAUAUCGGGAAAGGGCCCGGGAUUUCAUCGACUAAAUCCGCUUUGGUGGGGCCUCCUACCCUAGUAGAAAGCCAUGAUAUCUCACCAGGAGUACCGCCAGUAGCGACUCCAAUGAUGUCUAUCCUGUCUGAGACAACUUCCCCCAAAGGCAAGGAGACCACCUCGUCCAGAUUCACCACAUGGCGAAAGACUGUGGCCUUGAUAGACUCAGAACCAACCUCUUUCCAGGUGUCGUCAUGGAUGCAGGCAGGAGCUUCCAAAGAUUGGGAGAGUCCUCCAACAAAAGCGGAGAAACCUGUGCCUGUGACAAGCUACGGCAUCCCACCUGAAACACAGCCAGUUCCGACAACAGGAGUUCCUUUGCCGUUGGCUUCUCCUUCUACAGAACGAGGGCAGGAUUUGUUGAAGACAACUGAAGCAUCUGUGACUGUGACACAGCCUCCAUCUCCAAAAACAACCAGAGCAUCUCUACCAAUACAGACAGGGAAUUUGGGUCAGCUUGUACUGUCGACAUCUCCACAAAAGACCGGGGUAUUACCAAAGGUAUAUUCCAGAUGUCCGAAGGCCCCCAAGAGAGAGUCGUCCAUAACUUUGCCUGCUGCUUCUGCUGUGACUCCUAAGAUGAACCCUUGCGUAAUGGAGCUGUGUAAAUUCUUUCAACAGUGCCUCUGCAUGAGGCAAAGAAGAUACUCCAGAGAAGAAAUUAUGAGGUACUGUAUUGAAAACUAUUCCUGGUUCUUGAAAAAUGCAGCCUAUGUUUGUGAAAAAGUCAAACGGAUGUCCUAUUCAAGCACGUUAAAGCAAAAAUGCCUCACCAGCAUUUGCAAAUCCAUUUGACUCUCCAAGAGGAAUUCUCGUUUCCAAGAAGACUGGCAGAGAGAUGGGGCACCCAAUCAUCUACUGCAAGGAGUCCACGCUCCCUCUUUCUUAGAAGAAAGAAUGGCAGAAAGGUCUAUUGGAGUAGGGUAGACAGUUUUUACUUCCCGAGGCCCCGAUUAAAGCGAUGUAAUGAUAGAACAUCUUACCAGCCAGUUAACUAAUGAAAUGAUUUUUAGUUUUAUAUACCUCUAUUGUACUUUCUGAAAUGUAUGCUUUACUUUUGUUAAUGGCUACGUGGAUUGGCAACUGUGUCCAAAGCGGCAACGGAGACAUCUGAAUAAAAAUAAGUAUCGGAAUAAUAUUACAGCA